CCUUCCAAUGGACUUUAUACUGUCUAAAAAUUUAAUCUGUUCUCGAUGCGGGCUUCAAAACCCCAUGUCGAAAUACGAAAAAAAAAAGAAGACAAAACACCUCGUGCUUAUAUAUCGAGCCUGCCACCAAGUUCCGGAGGUCUUCAUAAUUUCAACUGCCGUCCAAAUUCUUCUUAUCUACGGCUAGUAUACUUAUGUCAAAAUCUGGAACAUUGGAUCUGGCUUCUGGGGUUGGUGGCAAAAUAGAGAAGAAGGAAGUACUUUCAGCUGUUGAAAAGUAUGAAAAAUAUCAUGCUUGUGAUGGAGAAGCGGAGGAAGAGAGGAAAGCUAACUACAUUGAUAUGGUUAACAAAUAUUAUGAUCUAGCAACAAGCUUUUAUGAGUAUGGUUGGGGUGAAUCUUUCCAUUUUGCUCCUCGAUGGAAAGGGGAAUCACUUCGAGAAAGUAUCAAACGUCAUGAACACUUUCUUGCUCUGCAAUUAGGGGUAAAGCAUGGACAAAAGAUUUUGGAUGUUGGAUGUGGAAUUGGUGGUCCCUUAAGAGAAAUUGCCAGAUUUAGUGAUGCAUAUGUUACUGGAAUCAACAACAAUGAAUAUCAAGUAACACGAGGAAAAGAACUAAACCGUAUCGGCGGAAUUGACAACACCUGCAAUUAUGUGAAGGCAGACUUCAUGAGUAUGCCAUUUGCGGAUGACAGUUUUGAUGGAAUUUUUGCCAUAGAAGCUACAUGUCAUGCCCCAAACGUGUUUGAUUGCUACAAGGAAAUAUUCCGAGUUUUGAAGCCAGGCCAAUGUUUUGCUAAUUAUGAAUGGUGUAUCACCGAUUUCUUUGAUCCUAAUAAUUCAAAUCAUCGGAGAAUCAAGCGUGAGGUAGAACUUGGUAAUGGACUUCCUGAUAUCAGAUCAAUGGGCGAAUGCAUUGAAGCUCUGAAACAUGCUGGUUUUGAGAUUAUUUGGGACAAGGAUAUCGCUAUCGACUCUCCUCUCCCUUGGUACUUGCCUCUGGAUAAAAGUCAUUUCUCCUUAAGUAAUGUCCGUGUGACAGCAUUUGGACGCUUUUUCACCAGAAACAUGGUAAAAAUAUUAGAGCGAGUUGGCCUCGCCCCCGAGGGAAGCCAAAAGGUUCAAGCCAUGUUGGAGCAAGCUGCAGAUGCACUUGUUGAAGGUGGAAAGGAAGGCAUUUUCACUCCAAUGUAUUUCUUCUUGGCGAGGAAACCUGCUGCGAUUGAUCCAUUAACCUAAUUCCUCCUCAAUCAACUACAGGUUAAGGAUGUAUUUUGAGCAUCUCUGACAUUUAAAUAUGCUCCGCCCCCACCCUCACCCCCACCCCUCCCUCCUCGAUCGAGGCAGAUUAUGUACAUUUUUCCUUUUUUGGCUUUGAGAAUCUGAGCUGAUUUUGACUUUCUUAAAUAAGAAAAUGUUGAGUUCCACGAGUGUAUGGAUGAAAAUAAAGAAUGUCAUGUGUUAGCUUA